GAGCGCGGAGCGGGCGCGGAGCACGGCGGCGCGGAGUCCGCGGGUCCGCCCGCCAGCCCCGCCGGAGGCAGCCGAGGCCGCUCGGGCGGCGGCGGCGGCGGCUGGAGCAGGAGCGCAGCGCGCCAAGGAGACGGAGAGGCGGCACUGUCGGAACCAGAUAGCAGCCUGGGGCACAAGUAUGCUCAGGAGGGCAGUUGGGCAGUGCUGAAGACCCAGCCCGGCUCCAGCUUCUUUGAAAGAACUCCAGCCCCCCAGCACCUCAGCCCACAGCCCUCUGCUGCCCACAGGAUGGGAGCCUGGGGGCUGGGAACCCAGCCAUGAGGGACUGCUGCCCCUCCCAGCAAAAGGCCAGCCCUGCACCCUCUAGGCACAACCCUGCCCCAAGCUCAGGCAUGGACUCUAGACACAGCAGCCCCAGUGGGGCUGGGGAAGGGGCCUCCUGUUCUGAGGGCCCUGGCGGGAGCUUGGCCUGCCCCUCCCUGACCUUCAUCUCUCCCCAAGAGGCAGCUACCAAGGAGACAUUGGGGGUACAUGGAGCCUUGAUCUCAGGGACACCAGAAGCCACCUUCUCUGGGAAGCCAGAGCCUGUGUCCUCAGCGAAAACUGAUCCCUCAUCCUUGGAGAACAGAAAUCCUAUGUUUUCAGAGAAGAUGGAUUCCAAGUCUUCAAAGCAGGCAGAUUCCACUUCCAUAGAAAAGGAAGAUGCUGGGUCCUUGAGGAAGGCAGAUCCCAUGUUUAUAGUAAAGACAGAGCCUACAGUCUUGGGAAAAGGGGAUCCUGUGGCUUCUGGAAGGAUGGAUCCUGUGACCUCAAGAAAGGAGGAUCCUGGAUCCUUGGGAAAGGUAGAUCCUGUGUGCUCUGACAAGGUGGAUCCAGUGUCCCCAGGGAAGGAGGAUCCUGUAUCCUCUGCCAAAUCGGAUCCUGAGUUCCCAAGAAAGGAGGAGCCCAGGUAUUCAGGAAAAGAGCUUCCUGUGGCCUCAGAAGAGGUGGCUCUUGCAUCUGUGGGGAAGGCAGACCUUGUGUCCUUGGGAAAGAGAGAUCCUGGGCCCUCAGAAAAGAUGGAUCCUGGGUCCUUGGAAAACACAGAUUCUGCAACUGCAGGAAAGUUAGAUCCUGGGUUCUUGGCAAUACUGACUCCAGGGUCAUCAGGCAAAAUUGAGCCUGUGUCUCUGGGAACAGUGGCUCUGGGGUCCUCCAGAAGGAUGGAUCCUACUCACUUGGGGAUGACAGAUCCUGCAUCAAUGGGAAGUGCAGAAACUGGGUCCUCCACAAAAGAGGACCCUCAGUUCCUGGGGAAGAUGGAUCCUACCUCCUUGGGAAAGGGAGAUCCCAUGUCUAUGAGAGUGAUAAAAACCAUGUCUGCUGGGCAGGUGGAUGCUGUAUUUUCAGGAAAGAUGGAACCCACAUCUUUGAAAACUGUGGCUGUGUCUUCAGGCAGGGUGGGUCAAGUUUCUUUGGGAAAGAUGGAUCCUGUGCCCUCAGGAAAGCCAGAGCCCUUGUCUACUGGGCAGGCAGAACCAAUGUCUGUCGGAAAGACAGAAACUGUCUCAUCACGAAAGGAGAACCCAAUGCCUUCUACAAAGGCGGAUCCCAUUUCUGUGGGAAAUACAAAAACAUCAUCUUCUGGAAAAGUGAAUCCCGAAUCGAAAGGAAGAAUAGACCCUGUGCCCUCAGGUCCAGGGAAUCCCAAAUUCUUGGGGACAGCAGGACCCUCAUCCUCUGUAAAAGCUGAGACAGUAACUGAGGGGAAAACAGAUCCACUGUCCUCAGAGAAGGCAGGUCCUAUGGCCUCUGGAAUGGUGGGUCCCACAGCCUCAGGUAAGGCUGACCCCCUGGCCUUGGACAAGGUAGACACUGUGAGCAGAGGGAAGGCAGAAAGUGUUCCCCCUGGAGAAGUGGAUUCUGUGUCUUCGGGAAAAGUGGCCCCCGUGAUUCUAGAAAAAACAAUCCUGGCAUCCCUGGGAAAAGCAGAAGCUGUCCCAGAGGCAAAGGUGGGUCCUUUGCCUCCAGAGAAGGGGAAUCCUAUGAACUCCACAAAAGUGGAUCCCAGGGCCUCAGGGAAGGCAGAACCCAAGUCUGAGGGCAAAGCAGAAACAAAGCCCCUUGGGCAGGAGGGCCCUGCUUCAUGGGGAAAAGCAGAGGCUGCAUCUCUGCGGGAGAAGCCACUGGCCUUGGAGAAAGGGGAGCCGGAAUCCUCAGGAAAAGUAGACCCUAUUGCCCCUGGGAAGGUGGAGCCUGUGAUCCCGGGGCAGGCCGAUGCUGGGCCUCCAAGAAAAGCAGAGUCCCCAUCCUCGGGGAAGUUGGCCCCCCCGACUCUGGAGAAGGCAGAGGCCUCCUCCUCCAGGCAGUCAGAUGGCACACCCUGCGGCCCAGGCCCUUCUCCCGCGGGGGCCGGUAGUGGCGGAGGCCUCUUGGAGCCAGUGCCCAGCACGGAGGCCUCCAGCCCAGGCCAGAAAGACCUGGUGGCCGCUGGGGCUGAGAGAAGCCCGGGCCCUGAGGCCACAGGGCCCCCACCCGGGCCGCGGACUCGUGACAACUUCACUAAGGCUCCGUCGUGGGAGGCGAGCGCCCCACCGCGCGAGGACGCGGGGACUCAGGCGGGCGCGCAGGCCUGCGUGUCUGUGGCCGUGAGCCCCAUGUCUCCGCAGGACGGCGCGGGCGGCCCGGCCUUCAGCUUCCAGGCGGCGCCUCGCGCACCCAGCCCGGCGCCCAAGCCACCCUCGCGCCGGGACGCGGGCCUGCAGGUGUCGCUGGGCGCCGCCGAGACGCGCUCCGUGGCCACUGGGCCCAUGACGCCGCAGGCGGCAGCGCCGCCGGCCGCGCCACCCGCCUUCCCCGAAGUGCGGGUGCGGCCCGGCUCCGCGCUGGCGGCCGCCGUGGCGCCCCAGGAGGCGGCUGAGCCGGUGCGCGACGUGAGCUGGGACGAAAAGGGCAUGACGUGGGAGGUGUAUGGCGCCGCCAUGGAGGUGGAGGUGCUGGGCAUGGCCAUCCAGAAGCACCUGGAGCGACAGAUCGAGGAGCACGGCCGCCAAGGGGCGCCCGCGCCGCCGCCGCCCGCCGGCCCGGGCCCGGGCCCCGGCCGUGCGGGCUCGGUGCGCGCGGCGCCCCCAGAGGGUCCCGCCAAGCGCCCGCCCGGCCUCUUCCGCGCGCUGCUGCAGAGUGUGCGCCGGCCGCGGUGCUGCUCCCGAGCCGGACCCACGGCCGAGUGA